AAAGUGGAGUGAAACACAUGCUUGACUCUUUCAAUGAUAAAUUCAACGAGAUUUUGGCUGUUCUCCCAUAUGUUGAUUACUUGUUUGGUAAUGAAGAGGAAGUUGAUUAAUUUGCUAAGAAUUUGAAGUUUGAGGGCGAUCUCCCAUAAGUGAUGUAAUAAAUAGCUGGAUAUGAAAAACAUGGACAAAGAGAGAGAGUGGUUGUAUGCACUUAAGGUAAGAAACCAACUUUGAUUGCUAAAAAGAAUGAAAUCAUAACAGUUGAAGUUUAGUUGAUUGAUGCUUCAAAGAUCGUCGAUACAAACAGUGCUGGUGAUUCUUUUUGCGGAGGUUUUAUUGCAGAAUUAUUGAAUGGUCCAGAUCUUGUUAAAUGCGCUAAGGCUGGAAAUUAUUCGGCAUCAUAAACAAUCCAACAUGAGGGUAGCACAAUUCCAAAAUAUGCACCAGUAAAAACAUGGUGAAAAGAUAUUUGUUAUUACAUAAAAUAAUAAACAUAAAAAUAUUUAC